AUGAUUGAGAUAUUUGACGUGCAUCGACCUGGUCCCGAUUCGAAAAAACUGCCAACGAUCACCAAGCGUAAGAGUAAAAAAGGACAAAAGGGUAUCAUCUCUUGCUUAGAUUUCUGUCCCGAUUAUUCGGGUCUGUAUGCGGCGGGAUCUUACAGUCAGUCGAUUGGAAUAUAUGAUGAGACCAACAAUGAAUUAUGUUUGAAAUUGACAGGGUUUGAAGGCGGUACCACUCAAGUCAAAUUCUCCAAGGAUGGUACCCUCUUAUUCUCGGCAUCACGUCAUUCAAAUGACAUCCUUUGUUGGGAUAUUCGUGAUUCCGCUAAUAUCUUGUUUCAAUUGAAUCGUCCCGGAAAGACAAAUCAACGUAUCUCCUUUGAUAUGGAUGCUACCGGAAAAUAUUUGAUCACUGGCGAUCAAGAAGGCCAUGUCCUUAUUUACGAUAUCACGACGGGUGAGUCGGAAGAUGUGGAGACAAAGGAGAGAUUGGUUCAUUCCUUCAAAGCACACAAUGAUGUUACUUCAUGUGCAACUUUUAAUCCAGUUUACCCCGUGAUUGCUUCUUGUUCGGGACAGCGUAAAUUCGUAUUACCUCAGGACGAAAGUGAUGAAAGUGAUGAUGAUGAGGACGAACAAGUGAUAGACAACACAUUGAAAGUGUGGCGUGUAUCUGGCCAAUAUCAAUGGUAUACGUAUGAUGUGGAAAGCACGGAUAUGACGACUGGAACCACGGAUAUGGUCACGGAAACCACGGAUAUGGUGACUGAAACCACUGAAAUUACAACGGUUGAUAUGGUAACCGAAACAGGAACGCAUGUUAUGGUGACCGAAACGGCAACUGAUAUGGUGACCGAAACAUCGACUGAUGUUGUUUCCGAUCAAAUGACAGCAGCAGCAGCAGCUUUAGAGAGUGAAGCGAACAAUAUACCCCCCAAAUCAGUGUAG